UUUACAUCUAAUUUGUGUAGUCGACAGGAGGUUUUAUAAUAAACGCGAAUUUUUUGAACCAGUACGUCGUAAUUUUUUUCGCGCGGAUGUCGUGCGUAAAUUUUUCUAUUUUACGGUGCGCUGUGUUUUUAUUGGUAUUUUAUUUCCAACGUAAUGGUAUUCUAGCGUUAAGGAAUGUCCGAAUAUUAGCAUCGGAAGCGGUAAAAGCCGGAGAAUCUAUGCGUUUAAUAUGCGAAUACGAUCUGGAAAACGCUCUUUUAUAUUCUAUCAAAUGGUAUUUCAACGAGAAUGAAUUUUAUAGAUUUGUACCGAAGGAGUCACCUCCAACGAGGGUGUUUCCUAUGCCUGGAAUUACAGUCGAUAUGUCCCAAUCAGACAAUAAGUCGGUUACGAUACGAUCGGUUGCACGUGAUCAAACCGGAUAUUACAAAUGUGAGGUAUCAGCCGAUGCUCCUCUCUUCCAUACGGAUAUUAAAAAAAUCCUCAUCGUAGUCACAGAACAACCAGAAGUACUCCCAUUUAUAAAAACAGACAAACUCAAAUACACCGAAGGCGACAUAAUCCGAGCCAAUUGCACAUCACGUCGAGGCUUCCCAGCCGCCAAUAUAACUUGGUUCAUUAAUGGACGCAAGGUUAACAAUGUUAGUGAUAAAAUUUUCAAACUAGUCGAACCGCCAGUUCUACAAGUGAGAAGUGAUUCCAACGGUCUCGAGAGUUCCAAUUCUACUUUAGAAGUACUCGCAACAUCCGAUAUAUUCUCAAAAGGCAGAUUAAAACUGACCUGCGAGGCGACUCAGUUCAACAUCUAUAGAAAAACACACGAUGUGGAUUUGAUAGAAGAUGUGCCUCAGCUGGCUCAUGUACUUAGUCCAGCAGUUUCCAGCAGUUUAAACGGAAAAAUAUUCAACAAAAUAUUACACUGUUUGGCACUGUGUUUCACACUCGGAUCGUAUUAUUUUAAAAGAAGGUAGCAAACAUGGUUACGCUGUUACCCUGCUCGGCCGUUUUGUUUUGUUUUUUAACCCGUAUACCAAUUUCGUGUUAUACGUGCUCAAGUUCUCUCAGUUUGUCUGUUUCCUUACCUACCUACCAAGUACUACGUCUUCGACGACAGUCGACAGUCUACGGUACCUAAAUAUUAAAUUUCUCGGUUGAUUUGAAUCUCAUGUACGUAUUUUACCAAUAUUUUACUAUACUAUAAACACGUGAAUCCUAUAAAUACAUGUAUGUAUGCUGUGCAUCUCGAGCGAAGCGAUAUAUUAAUUAAUUUCUCGCCCACCACCGCGCCACCUACGCCACCUCCACCUGCGAGUCAUUCACGGUUCGCCCAACACCUACAACAACUAAGUCCUGAAAAAGGCUGUGGCUGUGCUCGUCCUCGUCGUCGUCGUAAUACGAGUACAAACCAAUUAAAAACUCAUUAACAUUAUUAAGCUUAUAUUUUCUUACGUUUUAAUCUACCGUUUUCAUUUUUAUACACGUCGCUUGAUUAAUGAACGAAGAAGGAGGAAAAAAAAGAAGCCCAAGCAGUCUGGCAACACUGUUUAUUGCAUAAUUUGUCAUUUAUAUGGAAAUUGAAUACUGUACUUUACACCUCGCUGAUGAAGACUGGCGGUGGAGGCGAGAGCAGCGGUGAAGCGUCUUUUUUCUUACCGAAAAUACCGAGAGCUAUACGACGACAACAGAGACCAAAUUACCUCUCUGUUAUUUUCUUCGUCUAUACGAAAAACGACGCGAAGACGACAUUUAUAUUGAAUUUUUUUUUUCUCUCAAUAGCUCUCCCUGCUCUCCUUUUUCGACAAAAGUGUACGAACAAGAAACCCCCCCCCCCUACACAGUUUAAAAACGUUUCAAAGUAAAAUAAUUGCUUCGCUCGAGUUAUUUAGAUUACAUACGUAAUUUGUUAUUACAAAAUUUUAACUUUUCAGAAGUUCUUUUUGUAUAGAAGUUAGUAAUGACACUUUUUCCUGUUAUACAUGAAACGAUUAACUGUUCUUCUUUUUCUUUUCUUCUCUUUUCUUUUUUUUAUUUUAUUUUUUAUUCAGCGUGUUAUUUAUUAUUAUUACUUUUUUUUCAAAUGUUCGCCCGUCUUUUAUUUAUUUUUUUUUUGUUAUAUAUUUAUUUAAUAAAAAAAUAAAAUAAAAACCAAAAAAAAAAACAAAGUGGUACACGUUACAAAUGAAAAGAUACAUAAUAUAUUGUAUAGAUAUUCGAAUACAAUUUUUUUUUUCGUGUUACCCAAGCCCUCAAGAUCUUGAAGCGUGACGUGUGAGAAUUAUGCAAUUUUUACGUGACUCACAAUGAUGUUGAUUUUGUUUAUACUAUGUACUUUUUCCCUAUAUUAUAUUUUUUACAACAGCAGGGUUGAAUAUACGUAAGGGAGUGAAAAGCGAAGUUUUACUUAUCGCCUAUCGUAUACGUAUAGUCGAGAGCUGGUCGUUAUUACGGGCGAGAUAAACGGUCACCCGUACACGGUGGCUUGUGAAAAACGGCGUAAUUAAUUUAAUCCUGCGUCUGUAUUUUGGGUUUCCUCUAUCGCAGGUCCCCUCUUCCCCCUUACCUACCCGCGUACUUCAUCAACAACGCCACACGUAGUACGUUUUUGGUUGGAACUUGGAACCGUUACGGUUACUUUUACAACAAGUUACGGCUCAUUGAGAAGCAAUGAGAUGAGAUCCUUUCAUCUUCGGAUUAAUUAUUUGCUAAAAAUUAAUUCCUCUUUUUUUACUACUGUCGGUCGUGUUUGAGUUGUGGGCGAUAAUUAACGAAUAAGGGAAAAUAGGAGGGGGGAGGGAGUUUACUGACACGUGGUAUAUAGAUGUGUUUAAAUUGUACAUAGAAGAGGAUUAUGUGUGGUUUUUGAGAUAAGAUUUAAACGUCAAAAUGCUCGACGGAAUUUGAAUCAUAAUUGGGGUGCAUUUUUCCAACAUUCCAAGAUAAGAGAUCUGAGAAUCAUUUUUCGAUUCCAAUCGUUCGCGAAUGAUUUAAAAAAUCGAAUAGAGAACGAUUGUAUUCAAGUGUUCAUGAUCGAUUAUUGAGAUUGAUUUCAUAUAAAUUCAGGUUUUUUUUCUUGAAAAAAAGAGCUAGAGAUCUUUAUUGGAAUCGAUUUGAAUCGAAUCGUUCGCGAACGGUUGAGAAAAAAAGCUCAAGAAUGAUUCGAGAAAACUAUUCACAGACGAAUUGGGUGGAGGAGGGGGGUAUUGAAGAUCAAUGCAUUCAUUAGUGAUUUAUUUUCAACAUGAUUCAGUCGUUCGCGAACGAUUCAGUUAACAACUUUCAUAUAUUUUAUUAGACAAAAAGGUUGAUUCCAUUCCAAACAUUAUUGCAGACCAAAUUGACUUUUCAAAAAAAAUUCUCAAGAGAAAAUCGUUCGUUUAUGACUGAAUCAGUCAAUUGAAUCAAAAAAUUAUGAACGAUUUUUUUUUUAAUCCAGCCUUUAUAAAUGAGAAAGAUUAAAGCUUUAUGCUUCAACAAGAAGGCUGAUUCACGAAACACAAACUUUGAAGUACAUACUUGAUGGAUUCGAGUCGUUCGUCGUGCAUGUUUCAGGAUGGUUUUUUCUGUAGACGAAUCACUUGAUUUCUUUUUGGAUUGGAAGCCAUCCAAAGAGUCAAAUAGCAAAAAUUGAACUUGAGAAAAUCAUUCCAUAUAGAUACAGAUGAAACAUUUUUGUUCUUGUGUCAUCAUCUGAUCAGAUUUUAUCAAAAAAAUUUUAUAGCGUUCUCUUCUAGAAUGAGUUGGGGAAUCGUAACUUUAUUCUCGUCAAACUCUUUUCUGCCCCUCCCCCCCCCUAAUCAGAAAAUGAGAGAAGGAGUGGUUUUGAUGGUCUCGCACAUUUUUUUUUUUUUUCGUUUAAAUUUUCACUAAAUCUGGAAAGUACCAUCCCAAAAAUCUGGAAAAAAUUCAUUGGGGAAUCGUCACUUUAUUUUUGUCAAACUAUUUUCUGCCCCCCCCCCCAAUCAAAAAAUGAGGGAAGGAAUGGUCUCGAUGUUCUCACACAUUUUUUUUUUUUUUCGUUUAAAUUCUCACUAAAUCUGGAAAGUACCAUCCCAAAAAUCUGGAAAAAAUUCAGAAUGCAUUUUUUUUGAAAAUAUAAACAAAUCAGAAUAAAUGUAUUGUUUUGGGAUCUUAAUACCCUACAAAAAAAUGGGGCCUCAUUUACUCAAAAUUGGGUCAAAUUCCAAGUUGCAUUUUGAGCACAAGUCUCCCAAGCUUUAUAAAAGACCCUAAAAAUUCAAAAAAAAAAAAAAGAAGAUUCAAGUGAUUCAUGAUUUGUUGGGUUUUCAAAUUUCAACUUACUCUGAUGAUAUGAUCCUUCAAAACCUCACAAAAUGGCCCCCAAACUUGAAAAAAAAUCAAAAAAUUGAGUGUUUCAAGGUUUUUUGAGGUUUUAGAGAAACUGGUUUCGAAUUUCAGCUCAUUUUUUUGAAACGAACUCCCUCAGCCUAAGAAUUUAGCUUCAAAAUUGAAAAAAAAGUGAAAAUUUGAGUGACCUAUGGUUCGUUAUUAGGUUAUCAAAAGUACUGACUUUUGAAUUACAACCCAGUUGACCAAAAUGCUAGCAAAUUUUGUGCUAGCGUAAAUGGUGCCGGAAUUUGAGACACUUUUUGCAAAAAAUGCCAGCAAAUCAGUUGCGAUUAGGUCGCAUUAGAGUAGCAGAAUUGCGCACAAAUAGCUAGCACGUAGCUGGCACAAAGCUAGCAAAAAGCUAGCAUUUUGUUGGCACUUUGCUCUGCAUUCUGCUACGUACAUGCGACUAAAUCGCGACUGAUUUGCUAGCAAUUUUUGCAGAAAGUGUCUCAUAUUCCGGCACCAUUUACGCUAGCGCAAAUUAUGCUAGCAAGAAGCUAGCAUUUUGCUAGCGUAGAAAAACUUUGAUCAGUAAUGUAAUUACUAUUAAUUAAUUUUUUUAAAAUUCUGGGUGUUUACCUUUAACAGGUGGUAGUUUUCCAGGAAAUUCCAAAAAUUAGGCGACUGUCCCAGCUCAGAGCUAGCAUAACGCUAGCAUCUUGGGAUAGUAUAAGAAGAGUGAUGUCACUCUUCUUACUUUUCAACAAGAUACCACCUUGAGCUUAUAUUCAACUUGAUGACACACUUUAUCUAAGAGUAGCAAACUAUACCAUGAGAGAGAUCAACGCUAGCAAUUUGCUAGCAUUAUGCUAGCGCUUAGGUUGAAAAAUCUCUUAAUUAAAUAAAAAAUGAAGUUUUUUUUUUUUAAAUAGAAAAAUUGUCAAAAUUUAAAAUUUGAAAAUGAAGUAUCAAACAAACCAUGAAAAUGAAAAAUUUCAAAAACAUUUGAACAACAUUUUAGUCCACGGCAAUGGGAGUAAUUGCGCCCCCUGCCGAUCCUCCAGGACAACUUUUUCCUUAAAGGGGACAUCCUAAGGAACAUUUUAAAGCAAACUUGCUGAGAAAAAAUUGGCCUUACUUACAAAAUGGCGGCAAUUUUGAUUGAAAGGUCAGCCGAAAUCGCAGAUUUCGCGUUUCAACAUAGGACAUGCACGAAUUUUUUCAAACUUUACAAACGUACGGUAGAUCGAAAGAUCAUGCAAAAAUUCAUCACCUGUCAAAAUUUCAAGUGGUAAAGUACCUUUUUCGAUUUUUGGGGAAUUUUCAAAAAUCAAAUUUUGGCCAAAAUGUGAGAAAAAAUCAAAAUUUUACCAAAUUGACCAAGAAACCUGAAAUUUGGGAUAUACCCUAUUUUCGACAUGCCAAAUCGAUGGGAAACGGUUUCAACUUGUUUUGAGCAGUUCUGGAGCCUCCAGCAGAUUUUUGAAACUCAAAUUGAAGUUGUAAAGCUCAAAUUUAUUCUGAAAACUAAUUUCAAUACGCUACGAAGUACUGCAGGUGAAUUUCAAGUCGUUUUGGAGCCUCCAGCGACUCUUUGAAAAUUCCUGAAGCCUCCAGCAGAUUUUUGAAACUUUAAAUUUUCACAAAAUUUCAUCAAACUGAGAUGGAGAGUCGAAAUUCAUUCUGCAAACUAAUUUUAAUACGCUACGAAGUCGACUGCUUGUGGAUUUCAAGUUCUUUUGGAGCCUCCAGCGAAUUUUCGAAGGUUGUAUGUAUGGCAUUUUUUGGAAAAUUGGAAUUUCCUAAAAGUAGCUGGAAGCUUCAAAACCAUUUGAAACCUGCGAAGUAAAUUUCAGCUUGCCAACUGCCAACUCCAAUUGAUAAAUUAAUGUUGUGGGAAUUUCAAGUUUCAAAAGCCUACUGGAGGCUCUAAAAUGACUUGAACUCACCCCACCUGAAGUCGUCUUCAGAGGGUGUUAAAAUUGGAGUGUAGAGUAAACUACAGCUUUCCAUGUCCAUUUGAUGAAAUUUUGUUGUCCCCUUUAAGAAAAAAGUUGCCCCGGAAGAUCGGCGGGGGGGGUGCAAUUACUCUUAUUGUCAUAUGCAGGAAUAUUUUUAAUGAUUUUUGUAUGCGCGCUGAGGGAUGGAAAAGAUACUUGCUCGCAUUUUGCUACCAUAAAUAACGCAGAAAAAGGUUUAUUGGUGAGAAAUGCGUAAGAUCUGGUAGCACGUUCCUAUCAUUUGACUACAAAGAAAACGCCAAGUCACCAGAUGCAGAAAUUAGAGAUAUGCUUACAUUUUUCUAGAGCCAGAUGGCUAAGUAAAUGCUAGCUCAGAGAUGCAAGAAUAUUACCUGAAGUUUCCUAUCAUAAAACUGUGAGCAGGUACAUAUUAGUCAGUGAUACACUGGCAUUAAGCGAGCAGGUAUAGAGUGAGGCAAAAGCUAGCUGAGAUAUGCGAGAAUAUUGCUUGAACUUUCUUGGCAUAGAAUUGCAAGCAAGUAUCCAUCAGUGAUACGCUAGCAUCAGGCGAGCAUGUAUGAAGUGAAGUAAAAGCUAGCUGAAAUAUGCGAGAAUACUGCUUGAACUGUCCUAGCAUAGAAUUGCGAGCAAGUAUCCGCCAGUAAUACGCUAGCAUAAGGCGAGCAAGUUAAAGUGAAGUAAAAGCUAGCUGAGAGUCGCUGGAAAACAGCUCGAAAAUUGCUAGAAUUGAAUUUGCUAGCGAAAAACUGCAAGAAAAUCGCUUACUUUUAGCGAGAUAAUUAUUGCUGGCCACAAAAAGCGAGUAAAUUGCUAGCAACCUAUCAAAACGCGAAUAAAACGCUAGCUUUUUGCUAGCAUGUGGUCAACUGGGAAUUUUGCUUUUUUGAUGCAGAUUGCAGAACCUUCGAAUUUAAUUUUUUUCACGACCAAAUCGAAAAAAAAACUAUAAAAAAUUGAAUAAUUUAAGUGACAUUCAAUGUACUAGUUUUAGGGGUGCUGAUUUCGAAUUUCAACUCACUUUUAUGAUACACGAGCCGGUCGAGCCCCCAAAACUUUACAAAACGAGAUCCAAAAAUUCAAAAAAGUUGGAAAAAUUUGAUGACCAAUGAUUUUUUUUAGAGGUCCAGAUUUCGAAUUUCAACUCUUUGCAAUGACGAUACGAGCCCUUAAAAAAAUUCCAAUGCGAGUGACUCAAUUUAAAAAAUAAAAAUAAAAAUGUUGAAAUUUUUUUAAAAAAUCAAAAAUUUUUGUGACCUUUAAUUUUUUGAAUUUUUGGAGGUGUAACGUUCAAAUUUCAACUUACUUUGAUGAUAUGAGCCCUCUGCGUUUCAGAAAAUAAGCUCUAAAGGUCAAAAAAAUGUUAAUGUGAAUCACUUAAGUAUUUUGAAAACUUAAAUAAAAAAUCCAGAAGUUCAAAAAAUUGAAAAAUGUUUAGUGACUUUCAAUUUAUUGAAUUUUGAGCCCUCUGGAUCUCAAAAAAUAAGUCCUAAGGGCCAAAAAAAAUUAAAUACGAAUGACUCAAUUUGAAGAGAUCAAAUAAAAAAUGUAGAUGGUUCAAAAAAUUGAAAAAUGUUGAGUCACCUACAAUUUAUUGAACGUUUAGCCCUUCGAGUCUCAGAAAAUAAGCCCCAAAGGUCAAAAAAAUUUAAAUGAGAAUGACUUAGGUAAUUUGAAAAACGUAAAUUAAAAAUUCAAAAAUUCAAAAAUUUGAAAAAUUUGAGUCACCUUUAAUUUAUUGAAGGUUCAGAGAUACCAACUUCGAAUUUCAAUUUACUUUUUUUGACAUAAGCCUCCUAAAUCUCGUAAAAAGCUUCAAAAUUAAAAAAAAAAAUCCAAAAUUCAAAAGACUCGAGGUUUGUAAGGUUUUUACUUUUUAGAGACACUGAUUUCGAUGUAAGGUUUUUACCUUUUAGAGACACUGAUUUCGAAUUUAAACUUACUAUUUCAAUACGAAUCUCUAAGACCUUAUAAAAUGAGCCCAAAACAUUUUUAAAAAAUGAAAAAUUUGACUGACGUUUGGAUUAUUUGGUUUUUAGAGGAACUGGUCCUAAAUCCUAAAUUUCAGCUCAUUUUUUUGAUAAAUACGAGCUCUCAUGGUUCCACAAAAUAAGCCCCACAGAAUUCCACACAUAAAAUAAUAAUAAUAAUAAUUGAAGUGACCUGUGGUUUGUUGGGAUUUCAGAUGGUCGGAUUUUGAAUUUCAACUCACUUUUUUGAUACGAACCUUCAAAGUCUUACAAUAUGACUCAGAAUUUCAAAAAAAAAAAAAAAAAAAAAAAUGCAUAGCUUAGAGUUACUUAGGGCUUGUUGAGUCCAAAGCGAUGGUAAUUCCAAAUUUCAACUUGCUUCUUCAACACGAGGAUCCUGAGCCCCACAAGUCUCCAAAUUCUUUCGAGAACGGAUCAAGGUUAAAAUAACGACGAUUGAUGAUUCUCCAACUCAGCAAGAAGAGCCCAUAAAAAAUUAGAGCAAGAAUUGUGAAAGCCAAAUCCACAAAUAAUGUCUUUUAAAAUCAGACCAAAAACUAAAUCAUUUUUGGAGGAAUCUUCAGAAACACUCGUUCAACUAAUUCAAGGAAAAACAGAUUCUUUUUACGUAAGUCUCUAAAUUGAAGUUUCAUUCAUUUGCCAAUGAUUCUUAUCAAUUCACUCUUCAAUUUUGAAUUAAAGGAUUCGUCCUGAUCAAUCAUGAAAGAAUUGUUAAUCAAUACCUAAUUCAUUCACAAAUGAUUCACACUGAAAAAAACACCCUCACCCCCUCCCCCCACCCCAAAAAAAUCGGAAAAAUGGAAGAUUUAGGUAGCUUUAGUGAUCAGUAAAACUCAUUUUAUCGUUCGCGAACGAUUCGAAGUCUCUAAGAGAACCUUCACAAGAAAUAAUUCACAAUCAAAAUUGAAAAUAACACCAAUCUAAACACGUUGAGACGAGUAACUAAAACAGGUUUUCAUUUCAUUUUCCAUCAUUUUUAUCAGAAAACCUCACUAUUCCAAAAUCAUCGAAUCCUACUUUAUUUCUGUACAAAAUCUAAACAUCCAAUCAUUGAUUUUCACUCAAAUGUGCACAGAAAAAACUUGAAAUACGAAACCUGUCAGUCAUGAAAAAAAGGUUCUCAUUUCCAGUUAUGUAAAAUUUUUGGAAAUCUCAUAACAAAAUUGCAUUUAAGAAAAAAAAAGGCCCUGAAAUUGACAGUGGUAAAUUGUAAUGAAACCGUUAGAAGCCCCAAACAGACCUGGGAAUGCAUAAUCGAACGAAUAUUUCCAACAUUCAGUCAAACUAGGUAUUAAAAGAAAUGAAGUUUUACGAUGCAAAAAAAAAAAGUCGAACAUUUGCGCGUAUUAAAAAAGAACAUUAUUAAAUCCAGGAAAAA